UUAAAUGAAACCAUCUGAGGAGUUUAGAGGGGAAAUCAGUCUGACAAAUCAUAGACAUCUGAAAUGUGACAAGGGCUCCCAACUAGACACAAGUCAAAAAGCACCUCCUUACAGUGUAUGUGUGGCAACAACAUGUCUGUGCCGCUGCUCGCCGAGGCUGUGACAGUGUCCGGGAUGGAAAAGGAGACUGCAGCGGUGAUAUUUCUUCAUGGGUUAGGAGACUCAGGGCAUGGGUGGGCAGACACUUUGAAGGGGAUCCAGCUGUCUCACGUCAAGUUCAUCUGCCCCCAUGCGCCCCCGAUUCCCGUCACUCUCAACAUGAAGGCCAUGAUGCCCGCGUGGUUUGACCUCAUGGGUCUCAGCCCCGACUCCCAGGAGGACGAAUCUGGAAUCAAGAAGGCAGCAGACAGCAUCAAGGCCAUAAUCGAACAUGAGGUCAAAAAUGGGAUCCCCCCGCACCGUAUAAUGCUCGGUGGCUUCUCUCAGGGUGGGGCCCUGUCCUUGUAUACUGCCUUGACCUGCCAGCAUCAGUUGGCUGGCAUCGUGGCCCUCAGUUGCUGGCUACCGCUUCACAGGAGUUUCCCAUCGGCGUCAAGUGGCAACAAGAACAUCCCGAUCCUGCAGUGCCACGGGGAGAUGGACGUCAUGAUCCCAGUGCAGUUUGGUGCCAUGACGGCAGAGAAACUCAAAUCCAUAGUCAACCCUCAGAUGAUCACCUUCAAAACCUACCAAGGGCUCCCUCACAGCUCCUGUCCUCAGGAGAUGGCGGCUGUAAAGGAAUUUAUCGAGAAGUAUUUGCCCCAAAUUUGACCUCACCUCAUCCCUACUGUGACCUGCCGAGACACUGACCUCUCACCCCUGAUCUGCCAUUCUCCCACAGGAAACAGCCAUGAGCACCCCCUCUUCCACACACAUCAGCAAGAUAACAAACACACGAUUGAAAACACGCAUACAUAUUUAAUAAUGAUAAUGAUUUGAUCCACACUGCUAAACUAAACGUAUGAUAACAUAAAACAUACGAUAGCACUCAUACUGAAAACACACUGAUUUGAUUCUAACAUGAUUACGUGCUCACACUUACAAGUCUUAGCCUUUCGGAGGGAGAAACACUGAUUAACACAUUGCAUUCCUUUUUGUUUUAUUAAAGUCUGUCGCCUCUACCCGACCUCAGUUUUUAUUCACUUUUUCCUCAUAUUGCUUCAUCUUAACCUCCCAGCUGUCAUGUCCUCUAUUGCUUCCACUGACACGCCUUUCCCUCUUUUUAUUGCAGUGUCAGUUUGUCAGACAUUUAGUGGUAAAUCAACAAUAAGUUUGAGUCGGAUAAGCAGGUUAACACCUACCUGAUACUGUCAGCGACCAUACUAAAGCGCAGUCAGACUGGAUUCCACUUCUCAAUCAUUUUUAUGUAGAAAGAGACAUGAAACAUUGAUCGUCAUUCUUUGGUUCAAUCUGAUUGAACUUUGACAUGUUUGAUAGAAAAGGUGGGAUUCUCAUUCAGGAAAUAUUGGUUGUUUAUAGUCUUGCUUUAUAAUUGCAGGGUAUAAUAAUACAAGCAGCCGAUAACAAGGGAUGCUGCGGUGAGGUGUAAGGACAGCGACAAAGCUGAAAGACAGUAAAAUGUUUGAUUAAACCCUGCCCACUCUAUUUCCUGUUUUCUCCUGAUUUUUUUGCCACACAAGUAAAUUUCACGAGGUGAAAUUCAGUCUGACUGCAGCUUCACUCCAGCGUUGGCAUCCCACAGCGACUGACUGACUGAGUGCUGGUUUUAGAGCUAGAACAGCUGGUUUCCUACCAACCCAUCCAUUCCACCCCCCCACAUUACUUAUACACUGCAGCCAGUCCCGGUCUUGCGUCAGUAAUCUACCUACAGACGGCCCUUUUUUUAUUAAAAUACCAACAUUCAUGAGGGCCUCACAUUUUUUUCUUUUUUGAAUGAGUGUGAUAAAAUAUCUUGAACUACAUGAAGAAAAUCCAAUUGAAAUAAAAGAAAACUAAUCAAUCGAUGCUUUUGCCACCAUGUGCUGUUUAUUUCAAAACUUCCACACCUGCAUGUUCGUAACCUCUUUAUGUGAUUUCUUAAUGUAAAAAAUUACCUCAGUUGAUUUCCAUCUAAAAAUAAUUAAGAUUGUAGGCUUAAAGGUGAAUGAAUGACAGGAAUGAGUUGCAUGAAAUACAGCAUCACUUUAGAUUCAGGUUGCAGGCCUGCACAGACUGCCCACCAUGAGUCGCUUCACUGUUCCUCCCACCGACUUUUCCUCUUUAAACAUUAUCCCCUUUCAAGUGUUCCUGUCUCACCAUCAACACUCUUCUUGCCAUUAUUCCAAGUUGAUUUUGUGGUUUUGUUUGUUUUAAACUGGGAAAACCUUCCUCCAUAUUUUCUCCGAUGACCAUAUAUUCCCAAGAAAAUGUAAGAAAACAUUCCCUUCCUCGCUCCACUUACUGUAACCCACUAAUGGAACAUAAAAGGUUCACUUCUUCAAAAUAAAAUGGCUAUACACUGGGAGGGCUUUGGCAAGAAGCUGUUCCAACCUAACUGAAGGGUGAUUUUACAAGUAAAAAAAAAAAAGAAAUCUUGAACGUGUGAUCCUUGAACAUAGGAGUGUAACUCUGAGGAGUCGUGUGUGCUUAAAAAUAUAUAUAUCAGGUGUUCUGCAUUUCCCUUUGUGAAUGUUAAUUUAGCUCUCAUGAUUACUUGUUCUGUAUUGCUGUUCUCAAUCCUGAUUUUUUUAAACUAAGAGGCAAGACAUGUUUUGAUUGUUGUUACCAAAUCAACGAAUGUCUCUCUUACCUCCUUGAGUCCUUUUGUUUUCCCGUCACUCUGAAUCUCUGAUGCAGCCCUGCGUGGUUGCUUCUCUUUAUUUAGUUUAUUUUUCUCCUCUUUUACACCUUCACCAUUUUUUAUUAUUCCAACAUUUUCCCCCCGUGUGACGACAUUGCAUCGUCCUGUGUGUUUUCUCCUAGGUUGUAUCUUGUCAUUGGUUAAGCUUUUUAAAUGUUCUUUGUUUAUUGGACUUAUGUUUCGUUGGGUUUUGUCACAGUUGUCAUCUCAUCUUUUUGUGUCUGUUUAUAAUGAUGAGCAUUAAGAAAACAUGUCUAGGCGAGACUUGAUAGUCUCUGCUUUUUUUGUUUCCAAACACCUGUAUGCGGAAUAAAUGACAAAAAAAAGGUC